AUGAGUGAGGUUCAGAUCAGGAGGACGUUCCUCUCCAAGUGUCACUGUCCCGUGUCGUUCCUGCACUUGGAGCUUAAAGGAGACGUUCUGGUCUGCAGCUCUGAGGGCAUCUACCCUCAGCCCGCCGUGACCUGGACCCCUGACUCCGCCCACCAAACCCAGACGCGGCCAAUGGGGGAUCAGCUCUACUCCGUCAGCAGCUCGCUCGCCCUGGAGCUCCGCCCCCCUCAGAGGUUCACCUGUAACAUCAGCACGACCCACAGCUGGAAGAGCGCCACCUACAGCCUGAACCCUCCAGUGGAGAUGUCCUCAGACGUGACUCUGCCCUGCUCCUCCUCUUCUGCUCCGUCUGCUCCAGUCAAGAGCCUGAGUUGGACCUUCAACCGCGUCCAGAGCGUCCUGAGCCGGAGCGGAGCGGACGUGACCUACGGCGCCCCCUGGAGGCCGUUUGUGGAGCGCCUGUCAGAGUCAGGCGCUCUGAGUCUGAAGGAGCUGAGCCCAGAGCAGGAGGGCGAGUACCUGUGUGAAGUCCACACGCAGCAACAAAACUACAUCUCCAGCACACAACUGGGACGCACAAAGGAGGCAGCAGAGGGCCCUGGGGCCCCUGCAGCUGUGAUCGGAGUCUCAGUGUGUGUGGUCCUCGUCCUGGCUGGAGUCGUGGUUUUCUUCCUGUGGAAACGUCGACAGAACAAAAAGGCCCAAAAUGGAGCUGCAGAAGAACAACAAACUUCCCUUGAGGAAAGAGGAGACCCUGCUGUUCUGGAGAACCUGCUGCAGGACAAUGUUGGAGCUCCUGAAGAGAUCAUCAGGAGGAGCUCGGAGGAGAUGAAGUCCACACUGACACAGAAGUUUAAGUUCCUCACAGAGAACAUCAGAGGAACCACAGAGAAGAUGGAGUUUGAUGAAGGCUUCAUAGAGCUCUGCAUCACUGUGGGAGACUCUGGACAGAACCACCAGGAACAUGAGGUCCUACACAUGGAGACACAGUCCAGGAGAGCGGCCGAUGAGACGACUGUCCCAUGUCAGGACAUGUUUAAACCCCGCCCACAUUCACCACAGCCAAUCAGAUUAGUGCUGACGAAGGGCGUGGCCGGCGUGGGGAAAACAGUGCUGACUCAGAAGUUGAGUCUGGACUGGGCUGAAGGCCGGGCCCACCAGGACCUCCAGCUGCUGUUCCCCUUCACUUUCAGAGAUCUGAACGUGCUCAGAGACACACAGUUCAGCCUGGUGGAGCUGCUGCACCACUUCUUCAGUCCAUCCAAAGAUCUCUGCAGCUUCCAACAGCUCCAGGUGCUCUUCAUCUUUGACGGUCUGGACGAGUGCAGACUUCCUCUGGACUUCGGCCGAACCCGGGUCCUGAGCGACCCCACAGAGUCCGCCUCAGUGCACGUGCUGCUGGUGAACCUCAUCAGGGGGAGCCUGCUUCCCUCCGCUCUCCUCUGGAUAACCACGCGCCCCGCCGCGGCCAAUCAGAUCCCUGCUGAGUGCGUCUCCAUGGUGACAGAGGUGCGAGGGUUCGCCGACCCGCAGAAGGAGCAGUACUUCAGGAAGAGGUUCAGAGACCAGGCCACGGUCGUCAUCUCCCACAUCAAGAGCGCGUCCGCAGCCUCCACAUCAUGA